CAUACGUCCGUAGCAGUCAGGCAGUCCAUCAUCAGCCGACCUCAACAACGACCCGGCGGUAUUCUAUUGUUGCUAUCCGCUGGGCAGCAUCGGUGUCUCGUAGAGCGUCCGCUGCGCUUGGACUGGGGGUGCGCUCGCCGCUUUCGUACGUCAGAGCCAGAUCCGCGAUGCAUGGAAGAAGUCAUUCAUGCAACUUCAUGCAUCACUUCGCGCUGGAAAGCGAGUGAGAUGUGAAUCCCGACUCCAUGUCACUGCGCCCUUGACCCAAAAGAACUCGUACAUCACACGCACUGCCUUUACCUUGCUCACCAUCGAGCCAUCAUGGCAACGCCGAAUACUCCGAGCCACGCUACCCUACCUCCAAGGCGCGUUCGAAUCGAUUUUGGGAAAGAGGUCGUUGUGCUCGUCGGCGGAUCCGAAAAACGAUUCGUUUGUCACGCCAAUCUGCUCACCGCACAAUCUCCAUUCUUCGAAGCCGCGCUGUCGGGCAGAUGGCUUGAAUCGGAGGAGAAGCUGGUCCGCUUGCCCGAGCAAGCUCCAACCGCCUUCAGCAUCUAUCUCAACUGGCGCUACACUGGAGCAGUCGAUCUCUGGGACGGCGAGGACAACGCCGGGACAUAUACCAUCCCGGAGGGUGCCAUCAAGGAGAAUCAGGGUCCACGAUUUUCCAGACUUGUUCGCUGCUCAGUGCUGGCAGACAUGCUCCAAGACCAUGCAUUCAGCAACGCUCUCAUCGACAGCUAUUUCGACCUCGUUGAGAUCACCUAUCAGUUCCCGAGUUCCACAGCUGUAAACCUAGCGUUCCAACUGCUCGCUGAGGGCUCGUGGGUGCGGCGUCUCUUCAUCCGACAGCUAGCGUUUGAUGCCAACGCAUAUGAGCUCAGCCAGCGUAUCAACGAACAUGAUUUCCAAGUGGUGAGCGCGAUCGCCGUAUUGUCAAUUAUGGAGAGAGGUGUGCCGAUGAAAGACAAGAGAAUACGAGCGAAACGUCAGAGCAUGUAUCACAACCCAGCGGAAGGCAAAAAGAAAUGAUCUCGAGGGAUGUGAUCGAUGAGAAGGCCUCCACGGAAAGACUGGGCACGCAUAACGUUUGAGUCACAAUGAUAUACUGCUCUGGAUAAUCAGUGAGGGUACAAUACGGAGAUGAGUGCAGAGGGGCGAGAGAUGAACCCGCCCGACUAGUAGUACCAUCGACUC